GUGGCUGGUUGGUGCCUCCUUGGUGGCCCAGCUGAUCGUGGCCACAACCAGCUCGGUCUAUCCAGAGCUGCCGUGCGAACAGCCAGGGGUAUUUUUCCGUGUUUGCGAACAACCAGAUCCCUGUCCUGGAAGGAGGACCCUUAUUCAUUUGUCGUGAGAUUUAUAUCCUGCCUUUCCUUCCGGCUGGCCUACAGCCCUUCUCCCUUCCGUUUGGUCCUCACAACAACCCUGUGAGUUGUGCCUCCCAAUGUGAUUCUGGGCCAGCCGGGUAUGAACAUUACCUUACCCUGCCUACAAGGGGAGCUAGAGAACAUCACUCUUGUGCACUGGGCGUUUAAUGGGCAGAACCUGAGCUCAUCCCCUGCCCGGCAGGUGGUUCCAGGGCCCAGUCUUUUCCUGCCAUCCGUGUAUUACAACGAUUCCGGGCGCUACAGCUGUCACUCUGGUGGCCGCCUCCUUUCCUCCCUGCGCCUGAUGGUGGAAGAACCUCCUCAGGAGCCAAAUAUCACCUGCUUCCGUAGGAGCUUAGCCAAGGACAUUUUCUGCGAAUGGAGAACAUCGCAUUUGAUGUCGAUCCGCACCAAGGCCAAGCUGUGGGUGCGAAAAACGUUUGUCGGGGUGAACCACACCGAACAGCAGUGCCGCUAUUACACCAAGUCCCGGAAAUUUUCUUGCCGCAUCGGAGGGCUGAACGACGACAACACGUUCUUCUUGCUGGUGUCCAUCUGCAUCGUCAACUUGGCGGGCGCUCUGAGGAGCCAUACUUACAUCAGCACCGACAUUCUGUUGAAACCAGAUUCCCCGGUCGAUGUUGUGGUGAACGCCAUGGAGAACAACCCCAACCAGCUGUUUGUGACCUGGCGUAAACCACCUUCCUGGGGUUCUCUCUUCUAUCGUCUUCAGUUCCAGCUCCGCUACAGGGCUGAAGCCUCCAGAAUAUACGAGGUUCACCUGCUGACUGACCUCACUUCGUACACCAUCUCUGACGCCCUGCCGGGCCUCUGUCACACCGUUCAAGUGCGGGCGCAAGAAGAAUUUGGCCUCGGAAGCUGGAGCGAAUGGAGCCGGGAAGCUUUCGGAACACCCUGGACAGAACCCAGGGACCCCGAGUCAGAAGCCACGUCGGACAUCUCAGAGGUCCCCUUUCAUUAUGAAAUUCUCAGUACCAUUAAACCCUGGGAGACUCCUGAAUUCCCUCAGAUCACGAAUAAGCCAGCAGUGGAAGAUGCUGCUGCACCUGUGCCUCUGUACACAUUCCUCAUCAUGGCAGCCACCGUGACCGUGGGCCUUGCCCUGGUUGUCGGAGUCAUUGUCCGGUACAGGAAAAAAUGGGGGACGUCGCCUUCUGGUGAAGAGAAGCCCGGCUCCGUGCCACCCCACUCCCUGACCCUGCUGGCCCCUGAGCCCCCCCUGAGCUCAUCCCCCCUCCUCUCCCCUCCUGCAUCCCCCUUCAGCGAGAGCUCUGUUGACAGCCCGAGCAUCUUGGACCACAGCCCUUACGACGUCUCCAACGCAGACUAUUUCCUGUUGCCCUAGUAGCCGGCAGUUGUUGGAUCAGAGAGAGUUCUCAGUGCCAUUGCUUCCCUGGGCCCGAAACAGGGCGUAAACACAGUUCGCACCCUAAGGACGUAGUGCGUCAAGGUCACGACCGAGCCCCCUACCUGGACAGCUGUGAGGUUGUUAAGAGCCCCUCUGGUGGUGCUGAUGUUGAAGCAAACUCGAGGCGAGCCCCACACUGUUGAGAUCUAGGGAAAGUGUUUGGUCUUUCCAUCCAAAGUUUUCCAUGCCAUCUGGAAGAUGCUGUGUGUUCAGGAUUUUAUUGUAUCGGUCCCUGAAAAGAGUUCAACGUCCUCGAAAGCAAAGGCGGUGGCUGUCAACAUCAGCCCGCCCAAAAAGCUCUGGCCGGUGAUAUGUUGUAUCUCUCCCUGCGGGGAUUCUCAGAAGGGGACGAUGUCCCGCGAGGUUCCGUCCAGUCUGACAUAUCAGCCCACGGAGGUUGUCGGGAGAAAAUGGCUGGAGGCAUCACCACCGAACUGACCCUUGAUGGAACGUGCGAAGGUUCCCCUUCCCCCAAGCCAAUUACAUACCAGAAGUUGUCCCAGGAAGCUUCACGCUUCCUUGAUUCACGAGAUUAGGGAGGUAACUGUUGGCUGUGGGAUCCAUCAUCCCCCCCCCAAGCUGCAAAUGAUAGAGGUAGCAUUUUUAGGGUACCCAGAACUGUUUUUGGCCUUUUUCACACGCCAGGGCUGUGAGCACACUAGUUGCCUACAGCAAAGUGUUCCCAUUGGCCGCAUCUGGAGGUGGAACGGGUUGAUCUGCCGAUCAGCUGCGAAAUCUCUUUGAAGCGAAUGUCAAAAAACUGCACUCCAGCUGAUCCUACCAGGUUUUACAGUCAGAAACGGGCAGGGUUUGACUAGCGUCAUGUGCCCCCAUCUUCAGAAAAGAGAGGUGUAGACACAUUGGAACCAGCAGAACAGUAAGUGUGUCUCUACCCCAAGGAAGGAUGUCCUGCGUCUAGGGCUGGUUGAAGCCUAAGGGGGAGCAGAUGUACUUGGAAAACUGCCUUCUACCGAGUCAAACCAUUGGGCUCAGUAUCGUCCGCACUGAUUGUCAGCAGCUCUCCAGGGAGAAAAACAGGGAGUCUUUUCCCAGCCCUGCUUAGAGACUGAAACUGCGCCUUUUUUCUGGCAAAGCAGUUGCUUUGCCACUGAGCCACAACACAAGGUGGCUUUUCCUCCCUUUCCUGAUUUCAUGUACAGGAGCUGAUUCGGCAAACAACUCCUACUGGCAAUGUGACAGUCUCCUCUUGAGGAGAAAAGACUAGCUGGUGUGUGAGUGUGUGGGUGGGACUCUUUGCCACCAAUCCAUGCCCUCCACCAAUCUGCCGCCCAAGGCGGCUACCUCACUGUGCCUAAGGGUUGGGCUGGCCCUACCAGAGUCCUGCUGUGCAUUGGAAGGUGCGGCUCGGAAGCUUUCUUUUAACCGCAUUGGCUCAUGGGCCCAUGUAGCCCACCAUUGUCUUUUUCAUUACCUUAUCACGGAAAAUGCCUGGGAUUGACCAUCAGAAGUGCCCUGCUAGAUAGGCGAAAGGCCCAUCACAGUCCAGCAUCCUGUCCUCACACUGACCAAUCAGAUUCCUCCGGGAAGCCCCCAGGCAGGGCGUGAACAGAAGCGCCCUCCCUCAUAAGAACAUCAGAAGAGCCCAGCUGCUGUUUUCACAGUGGCCAGCCAGAUGCCUGUUUGGGAAAGCCCGAAAGCAGGGCCUUGGCGCAACAGAGUGCGGAGCAUGCGUGCUGUCACUGAGUCAUGGGUCCACUCCCCACAUGGGGCGUGACACAAUGCCGUGCGCUGGACCAUCGGUUCCAUAGCGCUAUAUUAUAGUGCACGGGUAAAUGUGGACCUUGCCAAGUCAAGCAAAGAAAGCAAGGCACUUGUUGUGUUACCCAUGGUGCUUUGUAUCAAGGGGACAAGGGAAGGAAGGGCUCUUUUUGCACCCAAGUGUCCAAAUAGCUGCAUCUGAGAGGCAGAGCUGCCCCUACAAAGGACUUUCUUGAUGCUGAGUGUUACAAAACCCAACCUUUACUCUGACUCUUUGCUGCAAAAUAAUAGGACAGAGAUUUUUUGCUUGCUUGCUUGCUUUCUCUCUAAAGGUCAUGGUGUGGGACAGAUAUUGGGUGAAAUGUAGUGUGUGCAUCAUGGAUGUUGCCCACGUAGGAGAUUGUGAUGAAUCUGGGGGUUUGGGAGAGGCAAAAAAGCUAAGGCGAUCCUUGCCGGGGAAGGCCAGCCGGUGGUUAUGCCAAAGGACCCAUUCUGAUGUCUGGAAUGGGUUCACAUUCCUGCCAUCAGCCACUAGACAUCUUGCAGCCAAGGGAGUCCAAGGAGGCAGAGAUUGCUUGCAAAACAGCAUGUGUGUGGGCGCACAUACACACACACACACACACACACACACCAAGAAGAAAAGAUAUCCGGGCAGACCCACAAGUUUCAACUCAAUUGCAUUAAGUUUGGGGCUUUUAAAACUAUGGGAUCCGCUCCUUGCUGGAGGCCGUGAUGGCCACCAAUUUGGAUGGCUUUUGAAAAGGAUUGGACAAAUUCAUGGAGGCUAUCAAUGGCUAGUAGUUCUGAUGGCUAGGCUCUGCCUCCACGGCCGGAGGCAGGAUGUUUCUGAAGACCAGUUGCCGGAAGCCACAGGAGGGGAGAGUGGCUGUUGCAUUCAAGUCCUGCUUGUGGGCUUCCCAUGGGGGCAUCUGGCUGGCCACUGUACGAACAGGACACUGGACUAGAUGGGCCCCGUUUGGCCUGAUCAGCAGCCUCUUCUGAUGCUCUUACGCACUUCUUCUCAGUGUGUCAUUAGGCAGAUCCUGCCUCCACGCAUUCCCUCUAUGUCUUCAGAAACAAAAGAGACUAGAGACUUGAUCUUGUUUCUGUUUUUUAAAAUUUAAAGUAAAGCUGCCAAUUCAGGGUAAAGCCCCCACUGAGCGUUCCUAAUGAGGCCCCACAACCCCCCUGCGGUGAUGGCCUGCUUGGCAUCAUUUCUACUUUUGGUUCUCUCUUAAUGAUGCCUCGGACACUUUGCAUUGUGGGCUACUUUACACCCAGUGGAAUUAUGUGUUGCAAUCAGGAGGGCACACAUAACCCUUUCCCCGCUGCUUAUAAAUAGCUACUUGCCCGUUUCCCAAACCAGAAUCUUCCCUAGACAAGCCUCCUGGAAAUCACUGCCUUAAGCAAAAGGCAUGACACUAAGGUACUGUUGUAUGCUCAGCAAAGCAUCCCUUACGAUGCCCCAAGGGCAAAUAGAUUGAUCGUAACCACUAGUGCGGUGGUUAAUUCAGUACAGGGUCCCUUCAUGGUAGUCGCAGCAGACCCCCUCACAGCCAAGCCUCCUCUGCUCUCCCUGUCAUCUUGUGAGUCCACACUCCACUACAACAAACAUCCCUGGGAGCCAAUCAGCAUGAAACGGGAUGCUUCAUGUUAGCUGCCGAGAAGAGUCUCCUCCGUGACUGACUCCCCUCCUUUCACUGUGAUUGGCUGCAAUCAGCACGAAAAGACAAGGACUCUUCUCAGUGGCUAACAUGCUCCCUUUUCAUGCUGAUAUAUAGGGACCUGGCUGGGACCCUGCUCCUAAAAAGGUAAUGGGUCUAUAACCCCCUCUGUACAACCCCAGAUGACUGCACCCCCAACUGUAACCCAAGGAACUUCAAAGGCCAUUGCCAGCAUGUGACACUCUUGGCCUAGAAUGUGUCAGCGAGUUUGAUCCACCUAAUUUUGGACUCAAUCUAGAUCAAGGGUUUUCCAUCUCUUACACCCCCACCCCCACACACUGUACAGGUGUUAAAAUGAGCAGAGCAAAGUUAGGAAGCUUGUGCUAUGGCCAGUUUGCUGCUCUUGGGAAUGGCGGUUGUCCUUUCGUUGUGUACAUGUUGUCUGCUUUGCAUAGAUGCAUUGCUGGCUUGUCCCACUUGAGUUUCAUGGCCUUGACUGCCCUACUUGUUUACAAAUUUUCUUCUAGGCUUCUUGUACAUGUCUGUGUGUGCAUCUCUACUAGGGAUGGAAAAAUCUUAAUUUCAGCUCUCCCCAUUUCUGCAGCAGUUUGCCAUUUCUUAAAAAAAUAAUCCAGCAUUUUUGUGCGAAUUUCUCCUAAUAAAACAUAUUUUUGUAGGCA